AUGCUGAUUCAACCGAUUCCCUUGCCUCGCUCUCCUCGUCGCCUCCUCCCCUUCCUCUUCCUCUUUCUCUUCCAUACUGUCAUUGGCAAUGGCGAAGACGGUAUCGAGAAGCAUGAAAACAUCCUCAAUGUCAGCCGCGUGUUUUGGAUCACAGUCCAUGAGGAUCGGAAAGUUCCGGAGAACAUUUGGCCAGGGGUUACGACAGAGCGAUAUAUUGGAUUGAGAGGAAGUGAGAGUCUUGUGAAAUAUUUGACUCCAAGGGCAAAACAAAAUGUCCUUUAUGGAAGAGAUAGCGGGAAGGAGCUUCCGUCAUGGAAUGCUGUUGCUCUUUACUUAAAUCAUGUCGAGAUAUGGAAAAAAAUCAAGCCAGGAGAAAUCGUAGCGAUCUUUGAGGAGGAUGCUGAGAUGCAGCAUGGGACAAAGGAAAUCCUUGAAAGCAUGGACAGAGUGAGGAUACGCGAAGGGAAUCAUAGUUGGUUUUACGGCGACAGCUUCUACCUGACGAUGGACGCUUUCUGGGUCAAGGAUUAUGGCUGCAAGAAACCCUCGAUUGAUUUUGCUGAGGGUCAAUGGAUCAAGGACCUGCCAUGUCACAUGUGGUAUGGAACAUCCUCCUAUCUCAUUGGUGCUGGGGCUGCAAAAGAAUUGCUUCAAAACGUGAUGCCCAUUGACAUGCAAAUCGAUGCAUAUGUGGCAACGCAUGCAAUCAGCAAGGGUAGCAGUAACGGGGGGACUGUACGAUUUGCACAAACGACUCAGAGGUUGUACAAGCAAUCUCUGUUCAUUUCAGAAGUACAGAAAGUGGACGCAUACGCGUUAUACACAUGGAGAGACACGCUGCUGCUCUUCCGUGUUUUGGGUUGGGAUACGCCACUGGCUGGUUACUAA